CACUGACCACUGUUCACCUUUUCUCCAACAAAUUGAUAUUAAAGCCUUCAUUUUUGAGGGAUCUGUGUUUAUCUUUCAUUUGUGUGGUGUGAGAGAGUAAACAUGAGUGGUUUUAGGGAGAAUUUGGUUGUGUACCAUAGUACAGCCUGGUUUCAUCAACAACAUCAGGCUCACUGUCUUCACUACCACUAUUCACAGACUGAGUACGGAGGAGACUCAGGUGUAAAAGCAAACGAUCUAAUAACUCUCAAAAGAGAAUUUGAACUGGUUAGAAUGAAAGAAACAGAGACUGUGCAGCAAUAUUCUACUAAGCUCAAUGAUUUAGCAAAUAAGAUAAGGUUACAAGGUGCUAAUUUUCCUGAUACCAGGGUUGUUGAAAAAAUGAUGGGUCAUGAGCAAAGAGCUGUAAUAAGGAUGGAAGAAACAUCUGAAGAUGCUUUCCAAGCAAGACAAAGAAGAAGGCAACCUGUAUACAGCAAAAGCAACAAUGGCAGCCACAGCAAAAAGGAUAACAACAUCAUCAAGGGCAGCUACAACAGACUUAGCAAAAAAUCUGGACAGAUCAGUCCAAAUCAGUGUCAAGCUGGCAAUGGCACUAUUCUGAAGUCUGAAGGUGGAGGUACAGUUGCUAUUCAAACCAAGAAAGUUAAAGGCAAGACUCCUAUUAAAGCCUGGUUUGCUCUCAAGUGCUCUGCCAAUCGUCUCAAGGUGUUUGGAUCAGUUUGUUACACUCAUAUACCUGCUGUUAAAAGAUCAAAAUUGGAUGAAAAAGCAGAAAAAGGUUAUUUAGUUGGUUAUGGAACCAAGUCUAAAGGCUACAUGGUUUACAAUUUGCGAUCAAAGAAAGUCACGGUUCUUAGAGAUUUGAUUAUUGAUGAAUAUACGUAUCGGGACUGGGAUACGAAGCAGGUUUUGAAGAACAAUACUGCAAGCCAGAAAACUAAUAAUGCAGAAGCUUCCAAAGCAGAAAACUCAAGUUCAGAUAUUGCAGAAGUUGAUGCACACCAUGAUUCUCCUUCAAUGAUACCAGAUCACUUGCUGACAUUUAUGAGAGAUGCAAUGUGGCUAUAUCUGAGCCAGCUGACUAUGAAGAAGCCUCAAACCAUGCUGUUUGGAAUCAAAACAAUAUUGAACCCCUAUGGCUCAAUUUACAAGCGUAAGGAAAGAUUGGCCAUCAAGGGCUAUGCUCAAGAAGCAGAAAUUGACUUUGGAGACAAUUUAGCUCCUGUUGCAAGACAUGACACUCUGGUUAGAGAUUGGGGUUUUGAUCAAUCUGAAUCAUGUAUCUUCUGUUGUGAUAAUCAAUCUGCCAUUGCUAUUGCUCAGAAUCCAGUUCACCAUGGCAGAACAAAGCAUAUCAUUGUGAAGUUUCAUGUGCUGCACCUCUUUGUCAAGAACAAAGAGAUUGAACUAACCUAUUGCAGCACAGAUGAUCAGAUUGCUGAUAUGUUUACCAUGGCUCUGCCUAGAGCCAAGUUUGAAUUGUGUUGAGAAGCAAGCUAGGAGUUUCCGAGCAAAGUCUCAGGGAGGAGUGUUAGACGGUUGGAGUUUACUUGGACACUCCAAUGCAAAUUGUUCGUUUGUUUAGUUCAAUUGUAAUGCAGUAGGUAUAGACCCAUUUGAAUAUGUAAGAAAGUGGAUUUUGUUUU